GGGCUCUCCUCUGUGAGGGAGAGACACCGCACGAUGUGGACCUUCAGCCUGCUCCUCUUCUGGGGUUGGCAGCACUGCUCAACACAGGCGGACUUCGAUGUGAAUGAGUGUGGGGACACCACCACGUGCCCAGCUUAUGCCACCUGUACCAACACUGUGGGAAGUUACUACUGCACUUGUAAACGGGGCUUCCUGUCCAGCAACGGACUGACACAUUUCAGAGGCCCAGGAGUGGAAUGCCAAGAUGUAAAUGAAUGUUCUCUAAGCUCCUCACCAUGUGGUCCUAACUCAGUCUGCAAAAACCUGCCAGGGAGGUACGAGUGCAGCUGCUUGCCUGGUUUCUCCUCUCCCACUGGAGAUCGCUGGGUCCCGGCAAAGCCAGGCCGUUUCUCCUGCACAGACAUCAAUGAAUGCCUCGACAGCGGAGUCUGCCCAGAGCAUUCUGAGUGUGCCAACUCUUUGGGAAGCUACAGCUGCCACUGCCGAGAUGGAUUCAUCUCUAACAACUCCCGCUGUGAAGAGGUGGAUGAGUGUGCCGAUCCCAGAGCUUGCCCGCAGCAUGCAACCUGCCACAACAGUUUUGGAAGCUACUCUUGUGCCUGCAACCCAGGAUUUGAAUCCAGCAGUGGAAACACGAGUUUCCAUGGCCCAGGAGGGACAUGUGAAGACAUUGACGAGUGCCUGGAUAUGUGCCCUUUCAAUUCAACGUGCACCAAUACCCUGGGGAGCUACUUCUGUACCUGUCACUCUGGCUUUGCACCAAGCAGUGGACAGCUGAACUUCACAGAGCAAGAGGUGGAAUGUACAGAUAUUGAUGAGUGUGUCCAAGAUCCAUCACCAUGUGGCCCCAAUUCUGUCUGCACCAAUGCCCUGGGCUCCUACAGCUGUGGCUGCAGUGUGGGCUUUCGUCCCAACCCAGAAGGCUCAUGGGAAUAUGGCAACUUCAGCUGCAAACGGGUUCCCUUCAAGUGUAAAGAAGAUGUGAUACCCAGCAAUAAGCAUGUCAUGCUAUGCCAAGAGGGAGUAGCAGUAGAACCUGAACAGAUGUCAUUUUGUACGCUGAUGAACGCCACCUUCAGCGUCCUGGACGAGACCUGUGCAAACAAAACCACUGUUGUUUCUCUGGAGAGUACAGCGGAGAACUUCGUCUCUGUGCUUGAACAAACAUCUGUGUGGUCCAACUUCACCAAAGACAAGGUGUCCACCCUGGCCACAGUCUUGCUGGAGAGUGUGGAAAGCACCACAAUGGCAGCUCUUCUGAAAUCCUCAGCGAAUGGCAGCCAGACUGUUCAGACGGAGCACUUAGAUAUUGAGAGCAGAGUCAUCAAGGACGAAUGCACUGCAGAGAACGUGACCUUUAACUUGAAAGCCAAAGGGGACUCGAUGAAGAUUGGCUGUUCCACAAUUGAAGAAUCUGAAUCCACAGGGACCACUGGGGUGGCUUUUGUCUCCUUUGCGGGUAUGGAGUCUGUUCUAGAUGAGAGCUUCUUCCAAGACCCUCUGACCCCUAACUCCAAGAGGAAGUUGAAGAUGAAUUCUCACAUCAUUGGGGGCAUGAUGACGGGGGAGAAGAAAGACGGGUUCUCGGACCCGGUUGUCUACACUCUGGAGAACAUCGAGCCAAAGCAGAAGUUUGAGAGGCCCAUCUGUGUUUCCUGGAGCACAGACGUGGGGGGCGGUAGGUGGACACCGUCUGGCUGCGAAGUCCUCAAAGCCUCCGAGAUGUAUACUGUCUGCAGCUGUAGUCGAAUGGCGAACCUGGCUGUCAUCAUGGCUUCCGGGGAGCUCACGAUGGAUUUCUCCUUGUACGUCAUUAGCUACGUGGGCAUGGUCAUCUCCCUGGUGUGUCUUGCCUUGGCCAUCGCCACUUUCCUGCUAUGUCGUGCCAUUCACAACCGCAACACCUACCUCCACCUGCACCUCUGCGUGUGCCUGUUCUUGGCCAAGAUUCUCUUCCUCGCUGGUGUGGACAAGACUGACAACCAGACGGGCUGCUCUGUCAUCGCGGGCCUCCUGCACUACCUUUUCCUCGCCUGCUUCUUCUGGAUGCUGGUGGAGGCUGUGAUGCUCUUCCUCAUGGUCAGGAACCUGAAGGUGGUGAAUUACUUCAGCUCUCGCAAUGUCAAGAUGCUGUAUCUCUGUGCCUUUGGCUAUGGGCUCCCAGUGCUGGUGGUGGUUAUCUCUGCCAGCGUGCAGCCCCAGGGCUACGGGACGCACACUCGCUGCUGGUUGAGUACAGAGACGGGGUUUAUCUGGAGUUUCCUGGGGCCAGUGUGCACAAUCAUACUGAUCAAUUCCACACUGCUGACUUGGACCCUGCACAUCCUGAGGCAGAAGCUUUCCAGUGUCAAUGCCGAAGUCUCCACUCUCAAAGACACCAGGUUGCUGACAUUCAAGGCCUUUGCCCAGCUCUUCAUCUUGGGGUGCUCCUGGGUGCUGGGCAUCUUCCAGAUAGGACCCGUGGCCAGUGUCAUGGCCUACCUGUUCACCAUCAUCAAUAGCUUACAGGGAGCCUUCAUCUUUCUCAUUCACUGUCUGCUCAACCGCCAGGUCCGGGAGGAAUACAGGAGGUGGAUCACGGGGAAGGCCAAGCCCAGCUCCCAGUCCCAGACCUCAGGGAUCUUGCUGUCAUCCAUGCCCUCUGCCUCCAGAACGGAUUAAAGCCAUUUCUUGCUUUUCAAAUACAUUAUGGAGCAACAUUCGAGGCAAGCAAGUGCCUGCAGGAGCCUAUCCUGAAAUCUCCUCUUCCUGGCUUAAUGCAGAAAUACAGGAUCCUCCAGCCCCAGAGAACUCGGGGCAAUUUGAAGCAUGGAGGGCAGGGCAAUUUCCCCAUGGUUUUGAGAAGCAAGAUUUCAGUUACAGAUAACAAUUUCAUUUUCUGUGUUCUGCAGCUCUCACCUUCCAGAGUUUUGUGGAAAUAACAGAUCUUGGUGCCAUGGUGUGAGCAAGGUGGUCUGGUUACCAUUUUGCUGCUUCUUAUGUUUGUGGGUGUGUGUCUCUAAGCAUGCCUCUCCCACACUUACCACAUGCCUGACAGAGAACAACUCUUAGUGAAUGAUUUGUUGUCCUACUGGCUUACCCUGUGACAAAGACUCUCCCUGUUUCUAAAGAAAUGGUCAUAAAACUGUAAUGACAGCCCCAGGAGACAAAUAAAGUGCAUG